UGCAAAAAAGCACAGGCAGUGGAACAGCUGUAAUGGAACUGUGCAACAAAUGGGAAUAAAGUUGGAGUUUAACCUGUAGUGCUUGAUAAACAAUUGCAAAAGGUUUAGUCUUCAAGCUUGAUCUUCAGUUCGACUAAUCUUGGAAAGUAAUUUGUGUUUCCAGUGGAUUUUAAAGAAGUUCAAAAUAAGCACUUGCUGAUAGUUUUCAAAGAAAAUAUCAAACAUGUCGUAUAGAAAUCAGUAUAGUGGAAGUCCGUGGCAGCAAGGAGGUCCACCAUUCGGAGUAGGAAGCUACAAUCAGAGUUAUGGUGGUUAUAAUGAUCAGUAUGGUGGAGUAUCUCAUCAGAUGAUGAAUACCGGUUAUAGUCGUAGUCAAGGAUAUGGAGGUGGUAUGUACGGUGGAGGUGGAAUGGGACAAAUGAGAAAUAUGGGUUAUGGUAGUGGACCAUCUCCUUCUCGUCACUAUAUGAAUGAUAGGAUGGGUGGAAGAUCAUUGCCUCGUGGUCAGUUGCCACGAAAACGCUUACCCCAGAGAAAGUCCAGCUAUGAUAGACGUGUUGCCAAGCCAAGACGACGACGUGAUUCAAGAGGAGGCUCUAAAGGACGUCAUGACCGAAGUGAAGAUGAGGAUGAUGAUGAAACAUACAACCCUGAAGAACCUACAGAUGACAUUUCUGAUAUAGAUUGUGAUAUGUUUGAAUGUUGGAAGUCAUCUGAUGAAGAUGGAGAACCAAAAGAUGAGAAAGCUGGGGCUAAGGAAAAUGGUGAAGCAGAGGCUAAUGAAGAAGAAAAAGAACCAUUAAUCUGUUACGUGUGCAAGGUUAAAUGCUCUACUCGUGAAAGACUUACUAAGCAUCAGAAUAGUAAAAGUCAUACAUCCAAGAUAGAGGAAUUAUUAGCAAUUCGAAGAGAGAAAAAGAAGGAUACUACUGAUGAUGACAAGAAGGAUAAGGAUUCAACCGAUGACCGAAAGAAGUCUAGUCGUAAGCCAGGAAACUGGUGUACGGUUUGUGAAUGUGCUUUCAGUGGAAACUUUCUUGCUCACCGGCGAACAAAGGAACACAGGAAGAAGCGAGACAAGAAAUAUCCUAAAUGCCGACCAUGUCGUUUGGGCUUCAGCAGUUCUGAGGAAUAUAGAGACCAUUAUAAAAGUGAAGAGCACAAGCAAAGAUCUGCUGAGUUUCACUAUUUGAAGAAUUUAGCCUCUGGUUCAGAUGAAGAUGAAGCUGCUAUAGAGCCAGUUAAAAUAAUUGAAGAAGAAAAGCCUGAAACUGUGGAAAAGAUGGAGGAAGACACUGCUGAAAUAAAAGAAGAAAAAGCAGAUGGUGAGGCAGCGGCUGAAGAUAAGGAAAAAGAUAAGACUGAAGAUGCUACUCAGGGAGAUGAUGCUAAAGAAAAAGAAGAUGCUAAAGAGGAAUCUAAAGAGAAAGAAAAGAAAGAAGAAAAAGAAAAGGAUAAGGAAGAGAAGAAAGAACCCAAAAAAUCAAAACCUAAAGAACCUAAGUCUGUUGGCCAGUCAUUUGUUAUAUCUGUCCAGGGUUAUUAUUGUAAGCUUUGUCACAAGUUCUUUAAAGAUGUUACAGUUGCUAAGUCAAAACAUUGUCGUUCCAUAAUGCAUAGUGAAGCAUUUAAGAAAGCAAUGGCUGAAGCUAUUGAACAAGAAGAAGAAAGACAGAAACUUGCUGAAGAACAGGACAAACAAGAUAGGGAGGCUGCUGAAGCUGCAGAACUUGCUGCUGAGAUAGCUGCAGUUGAACGUGCUGCUAAAGAAGCUAUAAAAAAAGAACUAGCUGCUAAGAAAGCAAGUCAGUCAAAGGAUCAGGAUGUGGAAAUGAAAGAUGUAUCCGAUUCUUCCAAAGAUAAAGGGGGGAGAGAUGGUAAUGCAAAUGAAGAUGGUAUUGAAAAUGGCCUAAAAGAUGAUGGCAAGAUGAUGAUGAAAGUGAAGAAACAAAAGAAUCUGAUGAUAAAAGUAAGGAAGAGGAAGCUGGUAAAGAAGAACCUACUGAGGAAGAGCAAGAAGAAACUAAAGAGGAAGUUACAUCAAGUCCAGCAACUAGACGUGGACGAGGGCGUGGUAGAGGGCGCAAAAGGCGUUAAAACAUUUGUCACCAGGAUGUGCAACUUUAGACAUGCCGAACAUGUUAUGGUAUGAUAAGCAUCCUCACAAAAGCCUAUGCAACACAAUAUUAUAUAAUUAAGAAUUAAAAUGUUGUGUCUUUUUUUUUGAGCUACAGAAUGUAAACAUCAUCUGAAUGUAAGGAUUUUUUAAUUUAUGCUUUGUUUUAAAUAUCUUCAUUUUAUUGUUAAUUUUGAAGGACAAUUUCAUACAUGAAAGUGUUAUGCAUUAAAGUUAGUUUUCAUAAUGGGCAGGGAAAAUCAGCAUAAAUGUAAUUAAAUGAUGAAUUUUAAAUUUUCUUUCAUUAUCAUUGCUUCAGUUCACAUCAAUUUACAUAGUCAUUCAUUCCAUAACAUUGUUCCCUUAAAUGUGACUUAAAUUCAGCAGUGUAAUGUGUCCUCUGUCUCUGUUACGUAGUAUUCAUCUGUAGCUUUUUAAAAGAAAGCAUUAAAUAAACCAGAUUUAAUUCACUAGAAAUGUAUAUUAUUGACAUAACAGCCAGAUGUUUUUAAGAUGUGAAUUUUUGAUUUUGUGACAAAAAUGUUUAAGCUUUGGAAUGUGAAUUUCUUUCACUUAUUUGACUAUGUGCCCUUCACCAAUAUUUAUACUUCUAAAUAGAAAUAAAAUUUUGUAAAACUCA